AUAGUGUCCUCCCCCACAGCUGGAUAACAGUGCGAUAAAGGCUGGAAAACACACAUGCCCGUCUCAGCAUGCUUCUCACUCACUGUACCAGCACGCGCACGCAGUAACGGAGCGUUAAGGUGGAGGAGAGCUGCAAAUACAUUUAAAGGACAAUGAACGCGGGCUGAUUUCAGGGGGACCAUUUCUUUCGUGACAUGAAAGUCCAACGCAACUGCGAAGUCAACUUGGGGGUAUUCCUCUCAAAUCCUAGUUCCUUCCCCCUUUACUGAGUGACGACAAAUCAGCAUGGCUGAGCACAGCAUCAGAAAUAAACAAAAGCCUGACUGUAUGACAAAGGGAUGGCAUCAAACCAGUAGGAUAUCAGCUGAGGCCUCCUGCUGAGCUCUCUCCUGUUGGGAACAGAGGGCUCCUGGGAAAUGAAGGCCAGCAUGAAGCAGUGGCGUCUGGCGCUGGGGCUCAUGCUCACUUGGGCGCUGCUCUUCCUUGCCCUCUUCUCCUACUUCAUGGAGUCACGUGUGGAUGAGGCCAUGGCGCUCUCGCAUGCCGAUACGCGCCGCCUCACCUCUGUGCAGGGCAACACUCGCAGUGCUAUGAUGAUCCCUCGCCAGACUUUGCCUGCCACCUCAGCAUCCACAACCUCCAGAGCUCAAAAGGAGCGGAUACCCAACAGUGAGCAGGAGGCCUACGUUUACCCUGAUGAACAUAACCUAGCAACCUGGUCUGUAAGAUCACGCUCAGGCACUGUAAUUCACACUGUUGAAAAACAGGAAAGCAACCAAACCUUUUCUCAACUGGUAGAAGAGGAGGAUGAGGAAGAGGUGGUGGAAAUGAUUGAUGAGGAGGACAGGAGCAGAAGGAAUCAAAGAAAAACCAACAAUUGGUUUGACUCCAAUCCAGAGGAGUUUUACACUAUUAAGUCAACGUCAGUGGUGCAGCGUUUGUGGCAGGGCAGGGCCUCACUGGACAUGCUCAGUCCACGCUUGCAGAAGGCUGUAAAAGACUACAUGAACGUUAAUAAACAUGGCGUGUCCUACAGGGGCCGACGGUCAGUAGGGAUGAGUAGGACACGCCUUCUGUGUGAAAUGAAGAGGAAGGCCAAAGUGAAGACACUGAAUGGGGAAGAGCGACCCUUCUCUUCACUGGGCUGGCAGAAGAUCGUACCAGCUUUGCCCCUUGAGCGCCUCUAUGGCCCAGGUUUCGGCUCCUGUGCUGUAGUCACCUCAGCUGGUGCCAUCCUCCACUCUGGACUGGGAAAGGAGAUUGAUUCCCAUGAUGCUGUUCUGAGGUUUAAUUCAGCCCCUACCAAAGGUUAUGAAAGAGACGUUGGGAAUAAGACUACCAUUCGUGUAAUCAACUCCCAGAUCCUGGCUAACUCCAGGCACCAAUUCAACAUCAGCUCACUGUACAAGAAUAUGACACUGGUGGCCUGGGACCCUGCGCCCUACACUGUCAACCUGCAUAAAUGGUAUAAGAACCCGGACUACAACCUGUUCACUCCCUACAUGAAGUACAGGAAGCAGUUUCCUGAUCAGCCUUUCUACAUUCUGCACCCCAAGUUUAUCUGGCAACUAUGGGACGUGAUUCAGGCCAACACCCUGGAGAACAUUCAGCCCAAUCCACCUUCAUCAGGGUUCAUUGGCAUCUUGCUGAUGAUGUGGUUAUGUGACGAGGUUGACGUUUACGAGUACAUUCCAUCUCUAAGACAGACUGACUUGUGCCAUUACCACGAGCGCUACUACGAUGCUGCAUGCACGCUGGGAGCCUAUCACCCUCUGCUCUAUGAGAAAGUACUCAUCCAGCGUGCCAACUCCGGAUCUCAGAGCGACCUUCGGAGGAAAGGCAAGGUCACACUCCCUGGCUUUAGGACCAUCCACUGUAACCCCUGAACUGCUCCCUGGAGGAAAGGUUGCAAUAAUUGGAAAGCAGGUUUGAGGUUCACCUGCAGGUAGUCCACAGAGAUAGACUCCGCUCUUUUGGGCAAUUUUUUGUUGCAUUCUCUGAGCCUUGUGUGAUGUAGAGGUCAUUGGGUAGCAAUAGGUUUGUGAUAGAAAAGCUGUUUUUAGGUAUCUGGUGAUUUUGCUGUAGCUAGCCAUCAUAUGACAAGACUGAUGGUGUUUGUGUGCCUGUGAUGGAAUUGAAGAAUAGUCAUUAACGGUUAAUGUCAGCAUUAUAGACACACACACACACACACACGUAAUAUUAAUUAAUGCUCUUACUAAAAAAGGAAUCAUUUUUUUAUUGCUAUAAUGAAAUACACUGUUUUACCAGUGAUGGUACCUGACUUUGAAUAGUAUUUGGAGUGGAUAUUGCUUUCUGUUGUAUUACAGUUUUCUCAGCUGUUCACAAAUGAAAAAAUGUGGUGCAUGUCUGAGAGUUCUGCUUGGUCUGUGCCAUAUAUUGUCUAUAUUGUAAAUGACAUAACGUUUCUCUCUUGAAUGUUAAUUUGCCAUGAAAUGAUUGUUGAAUGACAACAUACAGGUGAAACCACCAAAUGCCAUUCCAUAUUACACAUCAUACAGCUGAGAAAACAAAACUUCCAAACAAAAUGUUCUGUACAAUACGGGGACCGUCUUGGUUCAAAAACAUCAGAAGCUGUUAGUGUGUUUGAUCCACUCCCUACUCGGCCAAAUCUAUGCUCACUUUUUUUUUUUUUUUUUUUUUGUUUUGUUUUUUUUUUAAAAAAGACCUUUUGUUAGUAUAACCAAGCGGAGGUUGUAUCAAUUGUGUAAUGUUUAAACCAGCACAGUCUGGUUAUUUUCUGUAUCUUGUCCAGGAGGUAACAGGUCUUCAUACACUCCCUACGGAGCAGUCAAAAGCGAAUGAAAACAAAUUUCCUUGCAUUGUAUUUUGAACAUUUUUAUUUGAACCGAUUUUUACCUUCACAUUGUGUUUUAUCUAUGUAAAUAGAGCUUUUUAUAUCAGUAGAAGUACAAGGUGUUAUCUUUGACGUGUAUACAUUUGUUUUCCUUAUGUGCCAUUAUUCGGUAAAGGAAAUGACAAACUGAAAUUUGUAUGGACUGAACUGAAGUUGUGUAUAUCUGCAAAUUGUGAUGGUAAAACUGGGAACUGCUGUUUGCUCUCAGGUUUCUGGCAGACUCUUAAACACAGCCUCUCUAUUCAUUUGGUUGUUAAACAUUUAAGAACCACUGUUGGUAUUGUAAUAUUCAAUUGUGAUAAAUACCUACAGUUGCAAUCAAAAUUAUUCAAACCUCAUUGCAAAUCAGGUUUAUUGUUAAAAUUUACAGACUGUCAGCAAUGAACAAAUCAAACAAAAGCGAUUGAAAUAGUUGGUUUCCACAAAUUCAACUGAAAAUGCGACAUUAUAAUGACUUCCCCAGUUUCAAAAUUAUUCAACCCCCUGAACAGAAUCCCUCACAACAGCACAAAUAUGCAAAACAGGUGUUGUCUCAAGCACACCUGAUGCAACUAAUCAAUGGCUUCAUUAGUUGCACCAGGUGUGAUUGAGCAACAUGAAAUACCUGAACUGGCUAGGGGCAGAAAAAUGAAGCUUUCAAUGGCUGCAACCAGAUUUCAGAGAAGGAAAACCCUUGAGUGACUGCCUGUUGCCACAAAGUCUUGCUGCAGGUCUUUUGCACUGAGGUUUCAAUGAGCACAGUAACGUACACACUAAACACAGAAGGUUUCCAUGCCAGAACUCCAAGACGUACACCAUUACUGACCCAAAAGCACAAGUUGGCUCAAAAUCAUAUAAAUAAGCCACAGAAGUUUUGGGAUUCUGUUCUGUGGAGCGAUGAAACAAAACUGGAACUUUUUGGCACUAUGGAUCAGCGGUAUAUCUGGAGGAAGAAGAAUGAAGAAAGAACACUCUGUCCACAGUCAAGCAUGGGGGUGGCUCGGUGAUGCUCUGGGGCUGCUUUGCAUCCUCUGGAACUGGAAACCUGCAGCAUGUGGAAGGCAAGAUGGAUUCAUUGAAGUAUCAGCAAAUCCUAGGAGAAAACGUCAUGCCGUCUGUGAGGAAGCUGAAGCAUGGGCAUCGUUGGACCUUCCAACAGGACAAUCUCAAGCAUACCUCAAAUUCCACCAAGGCUUGGUUGCAGAAUAAGUCCUGGAAGAUUCUACAGGACCAUCACAGUCACCUGACUUGAACCCCAUAGAAAAUCUCUGGUGAGAUUUUAAGAAGGCAGUUGCAGCACACAAACCCAAGAAUAUUACUGACCUGGAGGCCAUUGCUCAUGAGGAAUGGGCUAAGAUUCCUCAGAAACGCUGCCAGAAGCUAUGCAUCUUGUUUGCAGCAGGUCAUAACAGCAAAAGGGUGUUCUACUGAGUAUUAAAGAUGCUUGCCAUGAAGGGGUUGAAUAAUUUUGAAACUGUAGAAAUCAUAAGUUGCAUGUACAGUUGAAUUUGGGGAAACCACUUGAAGCAUUCGUUGUGUUGAAUUAUUUCAAUUGCUUUUGUUUUAUUUGUUCAUUGCAAACAGCUGAAAGUCUGUACAUUUUGACAACAAACCUGAUUUGCAAUGGGGGUUGAAUAAUUGCAACACUACUUGCCCUAUGUUGGGGUAAUGUAAACUGAUAGAGUGAUGAGUUUUCCUUCUUGUCAGGAUGAUUUAAUCUGUAAUACUACAACACAUCCUUUGCUCUGCAAUUAGGGUCAUCCUAUCAAUGUGUUUUUUCUGUGUGUGUGUGUGUUUUUGUUUGGUUUUUUUUUUGUUUUUUGUUUUGUUUUGUUGUUUUUUUUUUUUUUAUAAAUGUUUUUUGUUUCAAAUAAUGUUACUCUGAACUCUAAAGACAAAUCGUAUAUAUAUCUCUGUCACACACCAUCCUGUGCUUCCCCGUUAGAGAGGUAUAUUAAUGGUGAUGAGAUUAGAGGGAAUUGCAGUAGAGCCCAUAGAAGGCUUUUUUUCACUCUUACUGCAGGGAAUGUAUACAGGAGUGCACUACUGAACACUUACUGAAUGUCUAAUAAGCCUGUGAUUAAAUGCAUGAGCACCAUCAGUCACAAGAGCCGCACGCUGCACCCUGUAUUGUCUGUGCUUUCAGAGCAACACAAUUUGAGCUGACUUUUGAGAGAUUUGUAUUACAAUUUGCCACUCUAAUAUGUGCUUCCCUAAUUUAUAUAUAAUCCAUUAUACAGAAAUCUGUCCAAAACACAGAAACAAUGAGUUUACAUUAAUCUUUUGUGGAAACUGUUUUUGAUGUGACUGACUACUUUUACUUUUCAAAAUAAAGUCCUAGCUAUAUAAUUUUACACUACAAAGUGAUGGGGGGAUGCAUGCUGAGUAGUGGGGCUUGUAAGCUCAUUGUGGUAAAGAUAUUUAUUUGUUAGUGUAACACUGCUAAUAAAAAAAAAAAAAAAAAAUUCAAGGCUAAGUCUAACUUCUUACUUUAAAUUUGCUGAAGUAGUUUUAGGUAAGAGGAAUACAGUAAGCUGUAAUGGGUAAUUUGGUCAGAUGAUCAAUGCACCCUUUUGGUUGUUGGCAAUACCGUGCCAAAUAAGUGUUCAGUGUUUUUAUGAUCAGGUUGUAAAGGCCUCUGUGUGAUUGGGGCUGUAACUUUGGUGCUGUGAAUCUGUACUAUGGGCUGGAACUGUGGUGCUGUGAAUCUGUGUUGCGUUUCUUUCUUGCUAGCUCACUCUCUUUAUCUGCUGGUCUGUCACGUCCAUAAAUUAUUUGAUAGCAACAAUUUUUGGUUGUCUUGUUGGCCAGGAUACAGAAUUUGCAGUGAAAACAUGGGUGCAAAAAUACUCGGUCCACUUUAAUUACUACUGGGUGAACUAUGUAUUUUUAUACACAUGCCUAAUUUCAGGGCUCCUGAAAGUGAUAGUAAAAAAAUAAUAAUUAUAAAGUUAUGACUUGGUUGUAAUUUGUUUGAAAUGAAUGACUGGCUGGAUAUCCUAAAUGAAUGCUGAUCUCCUAGUGCAAUCACUUUCCUUCUGAAUUUGCUAUUCAGUCUUCAGAAAGUGAAAUUGCAUGCUCAGUGGUGUUUAGCUGGGAUUAUGGCAACAGCAGCUCUAGAUGCGAAUGCUGCAUUAAUUCGACAGCUGUCUGUUGGAUGUGACACCCUAAAAAUAAUGAUUUGCUUUUUGUUUCCACUUCAAAUUCAAUGUGAAGGCGAAUCUUGCCAAAACAACACAAGUUAUCACUGUAUAGCUAUUUAUCGACUCUCGCCCUCUCUCUCUCUCUCUCUCUCUCCAUCUCCAUCUCCAUCUUACAACCACACAGCCAAUUAAAAUGUGAUCUGAUGUUGUAUAUUUAAAGCCUGAUCUAAAGAGUGUACAUAGUUAAGCCAGUUAACCUUCAAAAGCCAUUGGAUGCUUUUGAUGCCAUUUGUUUGUUCCUUUGUUAUUGCAGAUUUGAUUAUUUUAAUUGAAUUUGUGUGUUUAUCAUUUUCUAACAUGACAUUAAACAUGCAAAAGCAA